UCAUAAGGUGAGGAGAACGGCGCGUGAUAAUAAAAAAGAAGGGACAAUUCAAGCAAUACCACAUCCCUUAUUUACUUUCCGUCCACUUCUACAAGCCCGACUCCGCAGGAAAACAUGGAGAGGAAAAGGUGGGAGUGCUCGGCUCUCCCAAAUGGUUGGAAAAGGGAAGAAGUGACCAGAAAGUCGGGCUUGUCCGCGGGGAAAAGCGAUGUCUAUUAUUUUAGUCCUACAGGAAAGAAAUUUCGAAGUAAGCCCCAACUCGCCCGUUAUCUCGGCAACUCCAUGGACCUGAGCACCUUCGACUUCCGUACUGGCAAAAUGAUUAUGAGUAAACUGAACAAGAACAGACACCGCCUCCGAUAUGAGCACAGCAGUCAGAACAGAGGAAAGCCUGAUUUAAACACCUCUCUUCCAGUGCGACAGACAGCUUCCAUUUUCAAGCAGCCUGUUACAAAAGUCACAAACCACCCAAACAAUAAAGUGAAGACAGACCCGCAAAAAGCCGUUGAUCAGCCGAGACAGCUCUUCUGGGAAAAGAAGCUAAGUGGACUAAACGUAUAUGACAUAGCAGAGGAGUUAAUGAAGAAUAUGGAUCUUCCCAAAGGUCUUCAAGUGUCCUCCACUGCAGGGGUUGGCCCGGGCUACUCAGAUAAAACGCUCCUGUCUGCCAUUGCCAGCGCCCUGCACACCAGCAGCGCUCCCAUCACAGGCCAGCUAUCUGCUGCUGUGGAGAAAAACCCCGGGGUCUGGCUAAACAGCACGCAGCCCCUCUGCAAGGCUUUUAUGGUUACUGAUGAGGACAUCAGGAAGCAAGAGGACCUGGUGUAUAACGUGAGGAAGAGGCUGGAGGACGCUCUCAUGGCUGACAUGCUAGCUCAAGCAGAAGAGACCGCUAGUGAUACAAAGUCUGUAAAGGAGGAGACCAACGGCAGCGGUGAAAUGGAGACAGUAUAGCUACAAUUAAAGUGUUCUUCUCCUGCGCUGACCUACAGGAUAUUUACCAGGACAUGAAAGCUCAUGAUGGAAAAGUAACACUUUUUUUUUGCAGUGAUCUUCCAGUUAAACUGUGGACCUCUGUGCUUUUUACACAGGUGGUUUCUAAGAACUUUUUCACCUUUUUGUAUUUAAAUUUUUUUAAAUUUGUUUUAAAUCUAAGUGGAUAUCUUGCCAUACUCCAACUACAUGAGAGAUGUAUUUUGGUUUCACCUUGGCACAAAGUUUGCAUUAAAUGCUAUAGGAAACACAUCGCAUCAUGAGGAGAGCCUUUUGCUAGACCUAUGAUAGGAAGAUAAUAUAUUUGCAUAAAUUUCCUAUUAAUUAACUUAACAUCAAUAGAACUAAUAUUUUCAUUAUUGGUGCUCUUCUUUUCCAUUCUUCACUAUGUUGUGUGUCAUUCUUCCUGUCAGGAAUGUUUAAGGGCUUAACACAGUUAUUAUACAGUAACUACAAGAUCAUACGAAAUGGCAGCUCACAAUCGUAAACACUUCGUGUUGUCAUGUUUUUUUUAAAUGUUAGAACUCUUGGUAAUUCAAUAGCCAGACAGUGAUGUGAUAAAACUCUAAAAUAAUUCAGAAACAAAGGACUUCAUGUGGCACAAGCUGGUAAUAAGGCAGUUCUUGUACAUACUGCAAAAAGAUUGUGUUUGCACUUGUAAUAUCUUCCAAUAGUAAGAUAUUUAAUUUCUAGGAAUAAAAAAUGGUUCUGAGCACAGUUUCAAAUUUAUUGCUUUCCAAUUGGUGUAAUUUUUCUUAAUUAUUAGGCCUUUAUAUUUUUAAAUCUGGGGUCUAAUUUUUAAACAGGUUGUUGAAAGACUUGUUUUUUUGCGGCAUGUAGAAAGUGUAUAUACUUAAAAUAAAUCCCGCUUAUGUGGUGAUACUCAUUCAAUAGGUCAAUUGUUAUACAAAAAUCCUCCAAAGGUUUGUGCAAAAAACUAGAUGUUGGCAUUGCCAAAAACUAAGAGUAAACAUUGUUGGUCGAUUUAGUCUAACAGAAACGUUUAAUAAUUGUUAGACAAGCAGAACAUUUUAUAUUAUUAUGCUACAGGGAAUGCUGCUCAGCCACAAAAGGCAAAAGAAGCAAAACAUUGAAAAUGGGUACUGCUUUGUUAAUCAAAUCCACCAAGUUAUAAAGGAUGAAUAAUUCCCCUCGUCCAUGUCAUUGUCAACGGUUUCAGCUGGUAGUCUGAGCUCAAAGAAGGACUGUUUUGUUAGCUUUUUAUCCAUGACCCAUCUUCACAUUUAUAUUUUUAUGUAUACAUUGUGUGUGCGUUUUUUUUUUGUUUUUUUUGUUUUUUUAAUCCAUUUAUUUUACAUAUAAGCUGUUUAAUGGUGUCAAAGCUAAAUUAAAUUAGAUUUUGUAUUUUAUAAAGCUAGUUAUUUUUGUCGGAUUGGGGUUUUACAUGUAAUAAAUGAAAUCAGCUUCAUGCA